CAAGCUCUUUCGGGGGAGGAAAACAACAUGCUCGCGAUCUUCAUCUGACUUCCAGCGAACGCACUUCGCAAUCAACAACACCCCGUACUCAAUCGAUCGGGGCGCCCGUCAUGUCGCUGUUCGCAAAUCUUGGCAAGCCUUCCUCCAGCGCGCCCGCUUCUGGGAGUCUGUUUGGCAGUGCCGCACCGGCGAGCAGCGCACCAGCUUCUGGAGGCCUAUUCGGAAGCUUGGGAGGAAAUACAGCUCCGGCAUCAAAUGCACCGGCAUCUGGAGGGCUCUUUGGGAGUCUGGGAAGCACGACACAGACUUCGAACGCACCGGCAUCUGGAGGACUCUUUGCAAAUCUUGGUGCAGCUAAGUCGAGCGCUCCCUCGUCCGGAGGGCUCUUUGGAAGCUUAGGCACCUCCACGAGCGCCCCAGCUUCUGGAUCACUGUUUUCCGGUCUCGGUGGUGCGCAAUCCAGCACUGCGCCCACGUCAACACAGCCUGCCGCCAGCACUGGGCUGGGCGGAUCGCUGUUCGGAGCGUCUACUACGGCAACAAACCAGCAGCAAACGGGCCAGCCCUCACUCUUCUCCACAAGCACAGCACCGCAGCAGCAGCAGCAGCAGCAGCAACCAUCAGGAGGUCCGUUGUCGCAGUCUCAAGCAAACGCAAGUCGCUCCGCCCACUUCGAUCAUCUUCUGGAACGCGGGAGGAAGCGGAAUGCUGGGGAAGAUGGGCUUACAAACUUUGAGGAGCUGCCAACGUUGCAAUUGGGCCUGGGGGAUAUUGCUAGGAAGGUUCGGAAUCUGGGGACCGGGGGCCCAUCGGCGGAGAAAGCUCAGGAUAGGACUGCACACUUCCUUCUCUCUGCUUCGGGCGUUAAGCUAGGAAGUACGCUUCGCGACUUGAACCAGUUCAGUUCCCAGGCAGGCCUCAGCACUGCCGGGACGGCUGCGAAUCUGUUGGACACCGACGUUGACAGCUACCUCUCGAACCUGCAUUCCCAGUCUACAUUGGCAUUGAUCCAAGAGGGCCUCGAACAAUCUAAGAGAGACUUCGAUAAUUUCUUGGAGGAGAAUGUCCAGAUCGAAUGGGAUGCUCAGCGUAAGCGCAUCUAUGAGCACUUCGGCUUGGGUAGACACGAAGAGAUGGCUGCUUCGCAGAGCACGUUUGCGAGGACGGCUCGUGGUGCUUUUGGACGAUCAACGAGAAAAGGUCGAUCCAUGGGUCCUGGCGCAUCGACGAAUCAAGCGUCUUUUGGGGCCUCGCAAGCUGCCCCGGUUCUCGGCUCGGUCAAUUCUCCAUAUGGACAGAGCCGCAACGGCGCGGGUCAGCAGGAUAAGGCACUGGGAGGUGGUUAUGGAAAUGCUCCGGAUCGCUUCUUGCGUGAACGACAGGAGAAGUUCGCUGGGAAGGUCCGGGAGCUUAAUGUCAAGCGUCAGGAAGAGCAACCGUAUCCCUUGCUUCAGUCCUUCUACGAGGUGGAGCGAAGCUCCGAGAUUGAGAACCAGGAGCAUUUUUUGAAUGCGUACAAGGCGCUCAUGUCAAUCACCGGAGAGGCCGAGUUCCGGACGUCCAACAAGCGUGCCGAACGGUUCUUUGCGCAAGACUACCUCGAUGAGAAUCCCAACUCUGAACGUAGCAUCAAUAUCCGGAAACGCAUUCUGAACGGCUCUCGAGAGUUCCUAGAAAAGAAAUUCUUACAGGAGGCUAUGGAAGUCAUUGCAAAGCAGCCCGGGGAGGCUAGGCCCGGCGGCAUCCCGACCGUUAUCAACAAGAUCAAGGGCUACAUCCAGGUCAAGGUCAACUUCAAGGAGUUUGGUGAGACCGAGCACUUUGAGAAGAUUGGCGGCGGGGAAGAUGAGUUCCCCUGGGUCAUCAUGUUCUACCUACUCAGGGCUGGCUUGGUCAAGGACGCCGCGGCGUAUGUCAAGGAGAAGAAGAACUUCUUCCACAACAAGGACAGGAUCUUUGCUGCUGCAAUGGCACAUUAUGCCGAGGAUCCAGACCGACGUCUUACUCCAGAUCUGCAGCAAAAGGUCGCUCACGUACACGCUCAGCGCAACCGGAUCGCGCCGACUAGCGACCCAUACCGCACGGCUUGUUACAAGAUUGUCGGUCGUUGCGAGAUGACCCGUCGCAACCUAGAAUCUCUGUCGCAGACCAUGGACGACUGGGUAUGGCUCCAAUUCAACCUGGCAAGAGAAGGCAACCGCGCCGAGGAGAACGCGGGAGAGCUGUUCGGGUUGGACGAGAUACGCGCGAGUGUCGACGAGAUCGGUCAGCGGCACUUUGCCUCUUCCGCGGAGGCUUCAGGGGGUUACGGGGUAUACUUCUACCUUGCGACUCUUGCUGGCAUGUUCGAGCAGGCAAUCAAUUACUUGUAUUCGUAUAACCAUACGACGGCUGUGCAUUUUGCGAUAGCCUUGGCUUACUAUGGCCUUUUGCGAGUGUCGGAUUGGAGCAAGGCCGGAUCCGAGAUUCUGACCUUCACGCAGCGCCAACAGCCUGAGCUCAACUUUGGCAGAAUCGUAGGCACGUACACGGGAGACUUCCGCAUGGCCAGGGCCGACUCCGCGACGGAGUAUCUCGUCCUCAUCUGCCUCAACGCCGACCUCCCCGGCGACGCAGGCAAAGAACAAGCCAACCUGUGCCACGAAGCCUUGCGCGAGCUCGUCCUCGAAACGCGCGAAUUCUCCACCUUGCUAGGCGAUGUCAAGGCCAACGGGCACGCGACGCUGGGCCUCAUCCAGCAGCGUUUGCAGCUCAUCAAGCUCGAGGACGAAAACCAGCUUAUCAAGAGUAUCACCCAGGAGGCGGCGCGGACCGCUGAUGAUAACGGCCGCACCAACGACGCAGUCCUGCUCUGCCACUUGGCGGGUGAAUAUGACCUCGUCGUCGCCAUCCUCAAUCGCUCCCUCUCGGAAGCGCUGUCCGUCGACCUCGGCCAGGAACCGCUCCGUCUGGAGCCCCUGAAACAGCGACUCCCGGCGCCCGAUGCACAACAGAGCCAGAACUCGGAUCCAGCGUCCGCGGCGGGAAGUAUGCUGGGCACCGACGACCCGAUCGAGCUGGCGCGCCGCAUCAUCGAGUUGUACGAUAACAACAGUCUGUGGUGGAGGAGUGUGUCGCGGGGCAAUCGGGAGACGCUGGGGACGUUGUUCAGGCUGUGCGAGGUGAGGGCGUGUAUCGAGAGGGGCGAGUAUAUGAAGGCUUUGGACGAAAUUUCCACCCUCUCCCUCCUGCCCCUCACGGCCCGCGGCUCCCUCCCCCUGAUCCGCAAAUCCGCGACACACUUCUCCACACUGCCACCGGAGAUCGCGAGGAAUAUUGGCAACAUACUCCUCUGGUGCAUCAUGUGUUGCUCGCGCCACCGCGAGGUGCUGCUCCAGGGAAGCGCGUUCGUCGUGGAUGCCACGAGGCAGCGGUUGGCCGACGAGUUGGCGCAGAUGGCGAGGGAUCUCAUGGUUUUCGCCGGGUUGAUACGGUAUAAACUUCCCGGGAGGGUGUUUGAGGUGUUGGCUAGGGAGGGGGGUGUUGAGUAGGUGGCCGGGUGUGGAAGGGCUAAUGGGAUGGGGAGGAGGUAGUGUUUUGAGCGUUACCAAGAUGUGUAUUUGAGGGAUGGUAAUGAUAUUGAGCGGCUUUAGAAUUCGGUCUUGAUGCUUCCCGGUUGCUUUCAUUGGAGUGACUGCAUCAUUGUUGCCUUUGCCCCUUUCCUUCCUAGUCGGCCCAUGAAGUCAAGGGUGAAUAUUCACCAUUGGAUUGUCGACAGCAUUACAAACACGCACACACUAGUACACAGCACGGCCAUCGUCAUUCAUCAUUUCACAUUUUUCCUAUCUCC